CAUAGACAGUCGCAGUCUCACUCACAGAACCCACCCAACAGCCAGCUGCUCCGGCUUCGAUCGUUUCCCCACGUCUCGCCUCGAGAGCUUUCGUUCCCUUUCCUUUCCGCUCCUCCCCUUCUUCCUCUUCCCCCGAAACCUUCGAGCCCCCGAGAGCCGAAAAAAUAAAAAAAUCAAGCCUAGGGAGGACAGGGAGACGACAGCGACAGCCUCGCGGCGCCGGCCGCCGGGUCGUGGCCGGGAAGUGGGCCGCAAGCGCAUGGCAUCGUCCCGGGUGAUGGCGGCGUCGUCGCAGCCGCCGCGCUCCGGCUCCUCCGAUCUCGCGAGGUUCAGGAGCGCCAGCGGCAUCGGAUCCAUGAAUAUGGACGACAUCCUCCGCAACAUAUACGGCGAGACGCCCCCGGCGGGCGCCGGAGGCGCCUCCGGGGAGCCCUCCCCCGCGCCGGAGGCCGCCGCCCGGCGGACGGCGGAGGAGGUGUGGAAGGAGAUCUCCGCCACCGGGGGUCUCUCUGCUCCCGUCCCCGCUCCUGCUCCCGCCGGCGCUGGAGGCGGCGACGGGGGUGGCGCGUCCGUGAUGACCCUGGAGGAUUUCCUGGCCAGGGAGGAGGAUGCUAGGGUUACGGCGGUGGAGGGGAAUAUGGAGGUGGGGUUCCCUGAUGGGGCGGAGGGCGUGGUUGGAGGGCGACGACGAGGAGGCGGUGGUGGUGGGAGGGGAAGGAAGAGGGCGCCGAUGGAUCCAAUGGACCGCGCGGCCACGCAGCGGCAGAAGCGUAUGAUCAAGAACCGUGAGUCUGCGGCGAGGUCCAGGGAGAGGAAACAGGCCUACAUCGCAGAGCUGGAAGCACAGGUCACUCAGCUCGAGGAGGAACAUGCAGAACUGCUGAGAGAACAGGAGGAGCAAAAUGAGAAGAGGCUUAAUGAGCUCAAGGAACAAGCAUUCCAGGUUGUCAUAAGGAAAAAACCAUCACAAGAUCUUAGGAGAACCAAUUCAAUGGAAUGGUAGAAGUAACCCAAGCUCUGUUGUUAUUCUCUUACAGUUACAGAGUUUCUUCUUUUGCUUUCUGUUACCCUAGUUGUCAGUGGGCGAUGUUAGAAACAGUGAGACUUAUUAGGUGAAGGACUCUCGCUCAGAAAGAGAACAGAAAUGUAGAGAAGGGGCCGUGCGUGAUCAAAAAGUCACGCCAUUCAGAAUUGGUGUGGAUCAGCUAUUUAAUUUUGUUGUGAAUUGUGGCUCGUAUGUAUGUACAAACAAGAAUAAGCAGGUUUGCAUGAAAGUAGACUAAAGUGGCCUCAUUACAAUUACAUUUGUAGAGAAUUAAGCCAAAGCUGUUAUGUUUGUGUUCA